GGCUAUCCCACUGACGGCACGAAUCUCCAGGCCCAAGAAGGAACUUUGUCCUCGCCUCGCCGCGCCGCCGCAGGGAUGCAAGCAGCUUCACGGAGAGGCGCGGCGGCAGCGGCGGCGGCGGCGGCGGGCUUCCACUCCACCGCCGCCGCGGCGCUCUCCAAAUCCACGCCUCACAUCCGGUUCAACGUCCGCGAGAAGCGCACCGAUGCAAAGAAUGCUCUCAAGAACAUCCUGCUUAACGGCGGCCCUUUCCAGGAAAGAGGUAAUAAACAAACGAGGCAGCAGAAAUCUGGCGGCAAAUCGAAAGCCCGCUCUGGUCCUGGAAUUAAUCCACAUAGCAAAGGCAGACGUGGGAUAGACUGGCGAAACUUUGAUGACGACGACUGCAGUGAUGGCCCUUCCAGGAGCUUUGGCGGCAAGGCGUCUUUUACCUGGUACUGGCCCGGGGAGGAUGAUGACCUUGGCAAUACUCCUAACGGGUUUCAGUGGAGGGAUGAGCCUCGGUCGACCAAAUCGAGGGGAAGAGUUUGGAACGAAAGUGAUGUAGACGAGGAAGAGCAGCCUUGUCGUGAUGAUCUAAAGAGCCAUAGAUUAUCUCUUGGCUUGCCAGCCUCGGGUCCCUUAAAACUUGACCACAUCAAGUCCGCUUUUCGUGCAUCAGCUCUCAAGUGGCACCCGGACAAGCACCAAGGGUCUUCGCAGCCUGAAGCAGAGGAGAAGUUCAGACACUGCGUGGAAGCAUACAACGCAUUGGCUGGCGCUUUCAAACCGAGUAGCUAACCAGCCACCGGUCUGGUUCAUGUCAAGCAUGCAGGAGCACGGGAGUUUUCUUUCCUGGAUUUUGGAGCAUCGCCAAAACUGGGUUUUGAAGUGUUCAUGUUAUACAUUUUUUGAGAAACGAGUUAUUUCAGAGUCUACUGCACAAUGUGCUAAUAAAACAAAGCCUAUAUCUGGGUUUA